AUGUGGUCUAUGCAUGGGGAUUUUAUUAAUCAAGUGGCUGAGGCCUGGACUGAAGUCCAUCAUCACAUUCCUGGUAUCAAGCUUUGGUUGUUACAGAAAAAACUCAGCAAACAUCUCACAAAUUGGAACUGGAAGGAGGUGGGGAACAUUGAUAAGAAAUUUUUUGAAGCUGAACAAAAAGUUUUACAGUUAGAACAGCUAUUGGUUACUGAUAUGGGGUCUGAUAUGGAUCUUCAGUUAGCCAAUGAAAACUUAUUGGAACUGAUCAACAUGCAAGAGGCUCUCUAUGCUCUAUGCUCAAAAGGCAAACAAAACCAGGUUCUGAAUAACUCAACUGUUAACUCUACCAUCAAUGCAACACUGUUUGACAAAGAAAGGGAAUUUACCAAUAGUCUAUCCCUUACUAACAUCCCUGAUGAAAAGGAAAUUUGGGAAGCUCUUAAAUCCAUAGACAGCACAAAGGUGGCUAGCCCUGAUGGUUUCUCUGCUGACUUCUACAAAAAGGCUUGGCAUGUUGUAAAGGGUGAGGUUAUUGCCACUGUCCAAAGCUUUUUCUGGGGGGCUGACCUCCCCAAAUAUUUCUCCUCAUCAACCAUUACUUUAGUGCCUAAAGACAAAACUCCUUGCAAAUGGGAGGAUUAUAGACCCAUUAGUCUCACUUCUGUCACCUCAAAGAUAAUCAGGAAAGUAUUGGUCGAAAGAAUACAGCCCCACCUAAACAAGCUCAUCAGUAGGAAUCAGUCUGCCUUCAUCAGGGAUAGAAACAUUGUGGAUAAUGUGCUCUUGGCCCAAGAAUUGGUGCUAGACUUGGACAGAGUCACUACAGGAGUGCUCUCCUUUGAUUUUCUUUAUGAUAAUUAUUACCCAAGGUCGGACUUUAUACGCACAGAUGUUGAUGGUUACCUACUGAGGUCCUUCGAGAAGAAUUAUCAGGGUUGCAUGCCCUGA